GCGAUAACAAACUUCAACCAUUUCUGUAUUUUGUACAACUGUUUCAUAACCAUAUGCCUUUUAACAUGAAAAAACAUUACGAACAAUUUUGUACUUUCAUUUGUUGAUGCGACUUGGAGAUUAGAAUGUAUACAUUAAUUUGACACCAGUUUUGUAAUUUGUAGGAACAUUAAUCAAUCUACAUCUUUUUCGUAAUCAGUCUGUAGUGUUCUCAUUGGCAUAAUAGUCUUUCUAACUUUUAAUUGUUGCAAUGUUUAACAUGUCCUUUUUUAAACAUGUUUUUUUUUCAAACUUCAGAGAUGCAGACUCGCCAUGUACAUUAAUUAAAGAACUGACUGAAAAUCAGCACAAUGCAAAUGAAGAUAGAGACAGACAAGCUCUUUGGGAUGCUUAUCUGGACUUUGACCUUCCGUAUCCUGUAUCAGGUCCUUUCUGUAUCCCCGAUGGCGUUGGUGACUCGCCCUCCAUGACAGAGGGACUUUCUUAUAUUCAGGAUACCAGUAUUCAGGAGGAGCAGACACAAGAUAACUACACUGCCUGUCUUACCCGGUUGUGUAAAUCCAUAGCUGGCGAUUUCCUACAGCAUCCACAGACUGAGCUCUCCAUAGUCAAUAGUGCAGUUUGCUACAUCCAGCACCUUGUUUCCCUGCUGAGGGAGGACUAUACAAGUCUACGGGACCACUCUUCCUUUGACAAUUACAGUGAUGGAUCAUCUACACGCUCAUCAGACAGCCCUCCACACUCCUUCAAAUUUGCCGAAAAUAAUGGGUUCCACUUCUCACCAGAACACAGUUCUUCCAGCUGGAUACCAGAUGUACAUCCACUGCUUUCACGAUCGCCCAGUCCAGAAGGAAUGAUCGCAAUCAAAGCUUUGUAUCCAAUGGUUUUACAACAAAAACAUGAUUUUACUGUAACCACUCCUGUUCAGUCAAUACCUCAGUACUCAUGCAAAACUUCUGACCUGAUAAAUGACUCUGAAACAGUCAGUCAGAGUAUGUUUGAUGCCUGGACAAGUCUGAAGCUGCGACAGAAACCAUUACAAUGCAGCAGCUCGUCCACAGAGGAUGUUACAUCAGUAUUGGGUGAAAUUGGCAAAGAGAGAAAUGGAAGUAAAGAUGAUCUGAGGAGAGCAAUAGAGAUGGGAGCAUUUGAAAGAGGGUUUGUUCCAAUACAAGAAAAUACAGGUAGUGAUUUAAGCUCAACAUUGGAUGACAAUGCUAACUACUUUGGGCAAAGGCUUACAAACUGUCAAAGUGAUUUUAGUCAUAUACUGAAUGGCGAGAGUGACAGUACUGUCGACAGUUCAGAUUUCAGUGCCAACUUAGACAGUUGUGACAGGUUUGAGGAAGAGCUCAGAUUUCAGCUGAAUAAUGAAGAGUCAUUUGUGGAUAAUCCAGAAAUAAAUGAAUCAUCCAUGAUGGAACAGUUUUCGAGGGAGUAUCCAGCCCUAGCCUCUGUACUCCUAGAGCAGUCAAAGAAAGGCUUGGGAUCUCACUGGAGACAAGCCAACACAGAGUUUGAUGUGGCGACACAGACUCUGGAAGCAGACUCGGCUACGACUACUUUUCCCAGAUAUAAAUCUUGCACCAAGAUAUGUCGGACACCACAGGUUAAUCCUGUCAGAGUAUCCAAGAAGACUUCUAAAGGCCCAAAGCGACCAAAGAAUGGAUUUAUCCGAUUUUCUGUGGAACAGAGACGAUUGAUGGCUGACGAACAUCCACGCUUGGAUAACAGGGAGGUAUCUCGUAUGCUGGGAGCAAAGUGGAGGAAGAUGUCCUACGAUGAAAGACAGCCAUAUGAGCGAGUUUUAUUAUUACAGAUAGAAUACAGACCAAUAUUAUAUACUGUAUUUGACCUAAUAAGGGCGCAGGGCGCAGGUAAAUGA